AUGGCACCCAAGAACUGGACCAAGGAGCAUUUUACGCUCAACACUGGAGCUAAGAUUCCCGCUGUUGGUCUUGGAACAUGGCAGUCGAAGCCUGGUGAGGUCCGCGAGGCCGUUAAGGUUGCCCUUCAGUCUGGCUACCGCCAUAUCGAUACCGCUCUUGCCUAUGGUAAUGAGAAGGAGGUUGGUGAGGGCAUUAAGGACUCCGGUAUCCCUCGUGAGGAGAUCUGGGUAACCACCAAGCUCGACAACCCGUGGCAUAAGCGCGUUGAAGAAGGCAUCAACAGCUCGCUGAAGAGCCUGGGCCUCGAGUACAUCGACCUGUACCUUAUGCACUGGCCAUCAUCCACCGACCCCGAUGACUUGAGCAAGCACUAUCCCGAUUGGGAUUUUCUUGACACAUGGGCUGAGCUUCAAAAGCUUCCUGAGUCUGGACGUGUGAAGAACAUCGGUGUCUCCAACUUCGCCAUCAAGAACCUAGAGAAGCUAUUCGCAGACUCACGCUUCAAGAUCACACCUGCUGUCAACCAGGUUGAGCUUCACCCAAACAAUCCUUCACCUAAGCUCCUCAACUACCUGAGGGAGAAGGGCAUACACGCCACUGCUUACUCCUGCCUUGGUUCUACAGACUCGCCUCUCUACAAGAACGAGGAGCUCAAGCAGCUUGCUGAGAAGAAGGGCAAGACCGUUCAACAGGUCCUCCUGGUAUGGGGCUUGCAGCGCGGAUCCAGUGUCAUCCCCAAGUCGGUCUCUGCUCAGCGCAUCCAGGCCAACUUUGAGCUUGACGGGUGGGAGCUGACUGAUGAUGAGGUCAAGCUCAUUGACUCUCUGCCGGAGCGCUUCAAGGUCUGCGGUGAUGCUUGGCUGCCCGUCAAGGUUUUCUUUGGCGAUGACGAGUAA